AUGAGAGUAUUUCCUUUUGCUUUAAGAAUCAUGUGCUCUCUUCCCCUGCUUAAAAUAUAUGAACAUUUUGCUUCAUAUGUUGAGGGUAUAGGGCGAUGGGUGUUCCUGAAACUGAACCACCUUCUGGUACUUCAACUCAAACUCUACCAGGCAUUCAUAUUCUCAAUCCCCAUCCUCUUUUCAAUCAUUCUCUUUCUUUUGUUUUACCUCUUUUACAUCAAGAGAAGAGCCUUCAAUUCCUCUAAUCGCCCUCUUCUUCCCACCGCUACUAGUUUUAACCCCACGCCUUGUCAACUGAGUUUGAAAAGGGAGAUUGCAGAUAAGCUGCCAACCGUGUUAUUUGAUGAAGAGCUGAGGACAAGGGAUACGCAAUGCAGCUUCUGCUUAGUUGAUUUUGAGGUGAAAGAGGAAUUGCUGCUACUCCCAUCGUGUAAACACGUGUUUCACAUUGAAUGCAUGCAUGGUUGGCUACGUUCCAACCUUACUUGUCCGCUUUGUAGAUGUUGUGUUUCCCUUACCAUCACCAAAAUACAUCACCACCACUCCAUCAACUGA